AUGUUCAUUAAAGGCAGGGCUCCCAAGGUCCCGCCCCGAGGGCGCCGGCGCACCACCCGCGGUGAGCGGGAUCAAGCAGCCUUAGCCACGCCUCCGACUUUAGGCUCCACCUCUAUGCCCCACUUCCGCCGGGAGAGCGUCUGUAGGCGUCGCUGCCGUAAAACAAGCCGGCGGUUUGCCGCAUCACGGAAGAUGGCGGCCACGACGGUGAGCGGAGCCACCGGCGUCUCGAGCUCGGGCCCCGCCGCGGCGUCAGGUGCGGUUUUGCAGGCUGCAGCCGGCAUGUACGAACAACUCAAGGGCGAAUGGAACCGCAAAAGCCCCAAUCUUAGCAAAUGUGGGGAAGAGCUGGGCCGCCUCAAGCUGGUCCUGCUGGAACUCAACUUCCUGCCUACCACAGGGACCAAGCUAACCAAACAGCAACUCAUUCUAGCCCGUGACAUACUGGAAAUCGGGGCCCAGUGGAGCAUCCUACGCAAGGACAUCCCCUCCUUUGAGCGUUACAUGGCCCAGCUCAAAUGCUACUACUUUGAUUACAAAGAACAGCUCCCCGAGUCAGCCUACAUGCACCAGCUCUUAGGUCUCAACCUCCUCUUCCUGCUGUCCCAGAACCGGGUGGCUGAAUUCCACACGGAGCUGGAGCGCCUGCCUGCCAAGGACAUCCAGACCAACGUUUACAUCAAGCAUCCUGUGUCCCUGGAGCAAUACCUGAUGGAGGGCAGCUACAACAAGGUGUUCCUGGCCAAGGGGAACAUCCCCGCUGAGAGCUAUACCUUCUUUAUCGACAUCCUGCUCGACACUAUCAGGGAUGAGAUUGCUGGGUGCAUUGAGAAGGCCUACGAGAAAAUCCUCUUCACUGAGGCUACCCGGAUCCUCUUCUUCAACACACCAAAAAAGAUGACAGACUAUGCCAAGAAGCGAGGAUGGGUCCUGGGUCCCCAUAACUACUACAGUUUUGCCAGCCAGCAGCAGAAGCCAGAAGACACUACCAUCCCCUCCACGGAACUGGCGAAACAGGUCAUUGAGUAUGCCCGGCAGCUGGAGAUGAUUGUCUGAGCCCCGUGGCCUGGGCUGAGUGCCCAGGAUGGGCAGGACAUACAUGGCUGUUCAGUCCUGGUGCAGCUGUCCAAUAAAGGUGGAUUGACCUCA